AUGAUCCCCCCGAGCGGCGCCCGCGAGGACGGCGUGGACGGGCUGCCCAAGGAGACGGCGAGCGCCGAGCAGCCGCCCUCUCCUGCAUCCACCGGCAGUCAGGAAUCCAAGCUCCAGAAACUAAAACGAUCACUUUCUUUCAAGACCAAGAGUUUACGGAGCAAAAGUGCUGACAACUUCUUCCAGCGAACCAACAGCGACGUGAAGCUGCAGGCGGACGUGCUAGCGGAGGUCAGCCCCAGCUCCAGCCCGCUCCCUGCCCCCGGAAGCCUGACCUCCACACCCACCAGGGCCGGCCUGUACCCUGGCGGCGGCGGAAAGGCCCACGCCUUUCAGGAGCACAUCUUCAAGAAGCCCACUUUCUGUGACGUCUGCAACCACAUGAUCGUGGGAACAAAUGCUAAGCAUGGACUGCGCUGCAAGGCCUGUAAGAUGAGCAUCCACCACAAGUGCAUGGAUGGCCUGGCACCCCAGCGGUGCAUGGGCAAGCUGCCAAAGGGGUUUCGGCGUUACUACAGCUCCCCCUUGCUCAUUCAUGAACAGUUUGGCUGCAUUAAAGAAGUUAUGCCCAUUGCCUGCGGCAAUAAGGUGGACCCUGUGUAUGAGACCCUCCGCUUUGGCACCUCGCUGGCCCAGAGGACAAAGAAAAGCAGCUCGGGCAGCGGCUCCGACUCGCCUCACAGAACCUCGACUUCAGAUCUCGUGGAGGUUCCUGAAGAGGCUGAUGGGCCAGGAGAUGGGUAUGACCUGCGGAAGCGGAGCAACAGUGUGUUCACGUAUCCAGAAAAUGGCACCGACGAUUUCAGAGACCAAGCAAAGAACAUAAACCACCAGGGACCUCUUUCCAAAGAUCCAUUACAGAUGAACACCUAUGUUGCCUUGUACAAAUUUGUACCACAAGAGAAUGAAGAUUUGGAAAUGAGGCCAGGAGACAUGAUUACUCUUCUAGAGGAUUCUAAUGAAGACUGGUGGAAAGGGAAAAUUCAAGACAGAAUUGGCUUCUUUCCAGCCAACUUUGUUCAGAGAGUACACCAAAAUGAGAAGAUUUUUAGAUGUGUUAGAACCUUCACUGGGUGUAAGGAACGGGGACAGAUAACCCUGAAAGAGAAUCAGAUCUGUGUGGCUUCUGAAGAAGAACAAGACGGCUUUAUCAGAGUGCUCAGUGGAAAGAAGAGAGGCCUGGUCCCCCUCGAUGUUCUAGAAAACAUCUGA